AUGUCACUGAAGACUGGGAAUAAAAUUUCGGAUACCAGUUUUGAUUGCAGUACAGAAUCUGAGUAUGAAACAAGAACAAAAAAAUUUGGAUAUGGCAUUUUUAAACCAAAAUGGUUACAACUGUUAAACAGAGCACCAUUUUUGUUGGUUGCACUAUCGUUAUGUGCAAUUUGCCAAGGAAGUAUUGUCAACGGAUUUAUAUCCACCAGUAUAUCGUCAAUUGAAAAACGUUUCAGUUUGUCCAGUACACAGUCUGGCAUUUUUAGUGCAUUUUAUGAUGUUGCAAUAGUUAUUGUAUUGAUACCGAUCAGUUAUUAUGGUCAUAAAGGUAUUGUAAUUGCAACAGGAAUGGUUGCUGUUGGUGCUGGCUCAAUACUGUUGGUUUUACCACAUUUUUUGGCUGGUAAUUAUUCUGUUGGCGGAAAGCUAAAAAAUGACCUUUGCAAUUUGGCAAAAAAUUUUGAAUUAUGCGAUCAAAGCAAAGAUGUUUUAAAUAAAUUAUGGUAUGCAAUAUUGCUCUUAUCACAGCUUUUUAUUGGAAUUGGUGCAGCUCCUCUUUUUACAAUUGGUAUCUCCUAUAUGGACGAAAAUAUUGCCCAUAGUCGAACAGCGAUUUAUCUUGGUGUUUAUAUGGCAGUGUCAACUAUUGGCCCAGCAUUAGGCUUUAUUGCAGGUGGACAACUUUUAAAAAUAUGGGGCGACAUCGGAAAAACUAACUAUCACCUCUUAGGAAUCAGUGGUCCAUCAGAUCCACGUUGGUACGGUGCUUGGUGGAUUGGUUUUGUGGUUGUUGGCAUACUUUCAAUUAUAAGCGCAAUUCCUUUGUAUGGAUUUCCAAAGGAACUACCAGAGAAACAGAAAAAUCGCUUGAAAGAUAUCAAGCAAACACACAAAGAUCUGGAUCGUCAGUAUGGAAAGUCGUUUUCUGAAUAUAUAAAAGCUGUUAGGAGUUUACUCAAAAAUCCAACUGUGUUGGCACUUGUUCUAAUGCAAACAACUGAAGCAUUUCUGAUGAAUGGAUUUAUCACCUUUAUUCCAAAAGUCUUCGAAAAUUUAUUCAACUAUACUGCUAGCUAUGCUUCAACAAUUACAGGUGUAAUUGUGGUACCAAUGGGUUUACUUGGAAGCCUCUUUGGUGCUGCUAUGGCAAAAAAAGUGAUGAAAUUUCGCUCAAUGAUUGCUCUUUCAAUAGCAUUUAACACUGUAACGUUACUUCUUUGCUUCGUGUUCUUCUAUCGAUGCGAACAAUUACCUCUUGCCGGAGUUGCUUUUGAUUAUAACGGUGAACAAACUUAUAAAGCAUCGCUAAACGACAGCUGUAACAUUAAUUGCCACUGCGAUACAGUCUAUGAUCCAAUAUGUAAUCCAGAAACAGGAAUCAGUUAUUAUUCGCCGUGUUUUGCCGGUUGCUUAACGGGUCUAUGCGAAAGUUCGUGUUCAAAAACUCUGUUUCUAAUUAUUUUUGCUAUCUUAUGCUUCUUUACCUUCUCCAGCGCGAUUCCAAUACAGAAUGCUUCAUUAAGAGUUGUCUCAUUUGAAACACGGGAUAUAUCUAUUGGACUUACGUGGUUCUUUAUGCGAGUGCUGGGCUCAAUUCCUGGAGCUGUAAUUUUUGGUUUUGCCAUUGAUCGAACUUGCGUUCUAUGGAAGGAAGAUUGUGGAGAUAUUCAGUCAUGUUUGCGUUACGAUGCUGAAAGCUUGUCAACAACUAUGUUUGCUUUUGGUUGGCAUUAUAAGCUGUUUCCUUAA